AGAGAGAGAGAGAGAGAGAGAGAACAGAUUAUUGCAUUCCAAAAAGCAUGAGCAGCUGCAGUGAAAUUGAAGAUGAGAAUAAUAACAAUAACAAUGAGGAGGAGGAGCUCCGGAGGGGCCCUUGGACUGUUGAAGAAGACAACCUCCUCAUCGCUUCCAUUUCUAUUCACAGCGAAGGCCGCUGGAAUCUCCUCGCCAAACGCUCCGGGCUAAGAAGGACAGGGAAGAGUUGCCGACUCAGGUGGCUCAAUUAUCUCAAGCCAGAUGUCAAGAGGGGAAAUUUGUCGCCCCAAGAACAGCUCUUGAUUCUUGAUCUUCAUUCUAAAUGGGGCAACAGGUGGUCGAAGAUUGCGCAGCAUUUGCCGGGAAGAACUGACAAUGAAAUUAAAAAUUAUUGGAGAACCAGAGUUCAAAAGCAAGCUAGACAUCUUAAUAUAGAUACCGACAGUGACGCAUUUCAGCAGAUUAUUCGCUACUAUUGGAUCCCAAGAUUAAUUCAAAAAAUCAACCAAUCGUCGUCGUUGCCGCCGCCGCCGCCGCUGCCGCCGCCGUCGGAGUUGCCGGGUACUUCUCAAGCAGAGAUGGUCUCCCAGAGUUCGUAUGGUUUUGAAGCUCCGGUGACGGCGACGCCUCUGCAAAUCGGUGGAGAUUUGAUGGGGAGUUCGUGUAAUUCUUCCUCUUCUUCUUCUUCUGGUUUUCAAAAUUACGAGAAUUACGGGUCGUUUGUGAAUGAUUAUUGGGACGAGGAGCAUGGCAGGGGAGAGAUGACGAACUGGGCAACGACGGCGGUGACGGGGGAUUCUGGUUACCCGGUUGCCCACUGCCACACGGCUGAAACUAAUUGGACACACAGCGAUUUUACCGGUUACGCGCCCAGUAUGGAUGAAUUAUGGCAAUUUUAGGAAGAAAAGAAAAAGGGUUUCUUUUUCUUUUUCUCUAAGAUAACCCAUAUAAAAAAAUUCUUCAUAGAUUCAUAAUUUUAAUCCAAAGUAGAACCCCCCAAUUGUAGAAUAUUGUAAUUUUAAUAUAGUUGUAUUAAAAUAAUGUUUGAUUAUUCUAAUAUUUUU